AUUAGUGUCGGCCCGAGUCCGUCGUCCGCUCCGGUCUCUCCCCACCCCCUCACUUCACUUCCCUUCUCUUCAUCCUCCAGCGGCGCACUCAGCGACGGAGGCCAACAAAGCACAACCCGUGAACCGUCCGGAUAAGUUCGAAAACAAUCACCGGUUAUGGCGGCAAUCAGGAAAAAGCUGGUCAUCGUGGGGGAUGGCGCGUGCGGGAAGACAUGCCUGCUAAUUGUGUUCAGCAAGGACCAGUUUCCCGAGGUCUACGUCCCCACCGUGUUCGAGAACUACGUGGCGGAUAUCGAAGUGGACAGUAAACAGGUGGAGUUAGCGCUUUGGGACACGGCAGGUCAAGAAGACUACGAUCGACUGCGCCCUCUCUCAUAUCCAGAUACCGACGUCAUUCUCAUGUGCUUCUCCAUCGACAGCCCCGACAGUCUCGAGAACAUCCCAGAGAAGUGGACCCCAGAGGUGAAACACUUCUGCCCCAACGUCCCCAUUAUCCUCGUGGGAAACAAAAAGGACUUGCGCAACGACGAGCACACCCGCAGGGAGCUUGCCAAAAUGAAGCAGGAACCCGUGAAGCAGGAGGACGGACGGGACAUGGCCAACAGGAUCGGUGCCUUUGGAUACAUGGAGUGCUCGGCCAAAACAAAAGAUGGAGUGAGGGAAGUUUUUGAGAUGGCCACCAGGGCGGCACUACAGGCCCGACGGGGAAAGAAGAGCAACAAAUGUACCCUCCUGUAAACGGAGGUGGCAAGGGACUGUUUCCUCUUUGGCGGAAAAUGGAGCAGAGGGUCAAGUCCCCCCCAACAAACAAACAAAAAAAAAAAACACCCACACAAAAGACUGUUCUCACCAGUUUUUAAAUAUGGUGCAAUGCUUUUACUUUUGUUUGUUUUUUUUUUUUUUUUUGUCUUAAGAUGAAGUAGGUUCUGUCAGUAUUGGAAUUUUUUUUGUACUAAAGCAUCAGUCAAUCGGCCAUGACGAAAGCUCCAGUAUCACAGAUGUGUCACGAGAAGUCAGCAAACCUGCCAACUAGUCAAGUGCUGAAGCCCUCUACGCUGACCCGACGAAUGUUUCCACGGCCAACUCGGGUCAAAAUACCUGAUCACUGUGACUUCUUGAACAAGUUAACGCACACGCGAAGUCGCCGUUUUCUUUGUUUUGUUUUGUUCGGUGCGCUCCGUUGACGAAUUCCCGUGUGCGUCGUGACGACGUGCACGGUAGGAGACUGGAAACUCAAUUUUGUUAACAUGCAAGUGGAAACUUAGUGUUUUGUGUAAUAAAUUACUUUGUAAGAAUCUC